AUGCCUGUCGGAGCCGGUGAUUCCAAGAAGGGUGCCAACCUCUUCAAGACCCGUUGCGCUCAGUGCCACACCCUUGAGGCUGGCGGCGGCAACAAGAUCGGUCCUGCGCUCCACGGCCUUUUCGGACGCAAGUCUGGUACCGUUGAGGGCUACGCCUACACCGAUGCCAACAAGCAGAAGGGUGUUGUCUGGGAUGACCAGACCCUCUUCGACUACCUCGAGAACCCCAAGAAGUACAUCCCCGGCACCAAGAUGGCUUUCGGUGGUCUCAAGAAGGACAAGGACAGAAAUGACCUCAUCACUUUCCUCAAGGAGUCUACCGCUUAA